AACCUUACAAUUUAAUUUAUUUAUAUAUAUACAUGUAUAUGUUAUUUGUGACAAAGUCAACAAAUAAUACAAAGUCUUUGUUUAUUUAAACUUCCAUGGUAAUUUUUAAGUGUAGUUUAACAAUUUCACUAAUUUCCAAAGAACAUCAUAGUUAAAAAUAUUGCCAAAGCCUGAAGCAGCAAUGUCAGGCCUUUUAAACAAAACCAUGGCUUUCCUUAGUUUUUCAAAGAAUCGAGUUGUUUUAUCUAGAUUUCAAAGACUUAACAGUACCGUAGCUCAAAAACUCUUUUACAGAGAAUAUGGAGACCCACUGAAGGUUAUACAACUUACUGAAACAGAAUUGCCUGAUCCCAAGCCUGAUGAGGUUUUAGUCAAACUCCUAGCAGCUCCAGUUAACCCAGCAGACAUAAAUACAAUCCAAGGCAAAUAUCCUUCUAAACCAGAGCUUCCUGCAGUCCCAGGAAAUGAAGGAGUAGGCAAAGUAAUUAAAGUAGGAAGUAAUGUUAUAGAGUUUGCUGAAGGUGACCAUGUGAUUCCUUUAAACCCCAAUUUGGGCACCUGGCGGACUCAUGUUUUGCUACCAAAAGAUACUCUAUUGCAAGUACCCAAGAAACUUGGAUUGGUUGAAGCAGCUACUCUUACAGUGAACCCUUGCACUGCUUAUAGAAUGCUUAAAGAUUUUGCUGAUUUAAAACCUGGAGACACUGUGAUUCAAAACGGAGCCAACUCAGCCUGCGGUCAAAACGUGAUUCAAAUUUGCAGAGCUUGGGGCUUAAGGACCGUUAACAUAGUCAGGGAUCGCCCUAAUAUCCAAGAACUAAAAUCAUACCUAGCAAAACUAGGAGCCACCUACGUACUCACGGAAGAAGAGCUUCGAACGACACAAAUCUUCAAAAAUGAGUUACUCGAUAAACCAAAGCUAGCACUAAACUGUGUAGGAGGUAAAAACGCACUUGAGUGCCUCAGAUACUUGAAAAAUAGCAGUUCCAUGGUAACUUAUGGCGGCAUGUCAAGGGAUCCUCUUACAGUACCCACUUCAGCAUUGAUUUUUAAAGAUUUGCAAUUUAGGGGGUUUUGGAUGACUAGAUGGUCUAAAGAGAAUUCCACUAGCAUAGAUAGAUUUGAAAUGUUUUCAGAAUUGAUCUCUAUGAUGACCAGUAAUGAGUUGAAGGGACCAGCUUAUGAAAUGGUAGAUUUUAAGGACUUUAAAAGAGCUUUACUUAAUACUUUGACUAUUCGAGGGAUGAUUGGCAAGAAAUUCAUUUUGAGGUUCGAGUAAUUAUCUUAUUUUGUUAGUUUUAAGCUUAUAGUUAAGUUUGUUGUUGCUAUAUUUAUGUUGAUUGCUAAAUCUUUUUUAAAUAAGAAAAUACAUUUAUUAUCAAUAA